CGUGAUGUGAUGCUAAUCAUGCGAAUUGUGAAUUGUAAAGUAAUAUUAUAUUUUAAUAAGAAAACUUAAAAAGUUUAGCGACACUAGACCUCUUAAAUCAAGAGUCUAUUCAUUUUUUAUAAAGUGUAUGCAAUCAAUAGUUUUUAUUCCUCAAAUAUUAGGUUUUGCUUAGGGAUAUGCCUCCGGUAAAGGAUGAUUUGAUAAGAGAAAUUAAUUGUAUAGAUAUAAAUUUAUCUGAAAAAAGUCCAGCAAAAGGGACGGCACUCGUUGAUGUAAGAGCUUGUAAUAAACCUGCCGCUAAGGUAUGGUUCCGUGGGGUGAGAAGUUCCAAGUUCCGCCACGUAUACGGAGUGCCAUUCAAGCGGGAACGAUGCUAUGAUAACAUAAAGAUAACAAGGAAUGCCCACGAUUCCAACUUCUGUGCGGUCAAUCCUAAGUUCGUGGCGAUCGUGACGGAGGUUGCUGGUGGCGGUGCCUUCCUCGUGCUGCCAUUAGACCACACUGGUCGGCUAGACUUCAAUGCGAGUCGCGUCACGGGCCACAAAGGCCCGGUACUCGACAUCAAAUGGAAUCCGUUCAACGAUAACAUCAUAGCCUCGUGUUCCGAUGACUGCACGGUAAAACUAUGGCACAUUCCGGAUGGAGGUUUAUCCAUGCACCUGACCGACUGGCUCGUAGAGUUGCACGGACACAAGCGCAGAGUUGCAUACAUUGAAUGGCAUCCUACUGCUGAAAAUAUCUUGCUUAGCGCUGGGUUCGAUUACUUGAUCUUCGUAUGGGACGUGGGCAAAGGGGAGGCGGUGAAGGUGAUCGACUGCCACAGCGACGUCAUCUACUGCAUGUCCUUCAACCGCGACGGAUCGCUGCUCGCUACCACUUGUAAGGACAAGAAGUUGAGGGUUAUCGAACCGAGGCGAGGGAUCGUUCUAUCGGAGGGCACGUGCCACGGCGGCACGAAGGCGUCCAAGUGCACGUUCGUGAGCCAGGGCCGCGUGCUGACCACGGGCUUCUCGCGCCACAGCGACCGCCAGUACGCGCUGUGGGACCAGCACAGCCUGGCCGCGCCGCUGCUGCAGGAGACCAUCGACAGCUCCUCCGGCGUCGUCUUCCCCUACUACGACCACGACACCAACAUGGUUUAUCUCGCUGGAAAAGGUGAUGGAAACAUACGCUACUACGAGGUGGUCGACGAGCCACCAUACGUGCAUUUCCUGAAUCAGUUUCUAUCUGGAAAUCCUCAGCGCGGGCUGGGCUUCAUGCCGAAGCGCGGCGUGCACACGGGCGCGUGCGAGGUGUUCCGCUUCUACAAGCUGCACACGUCGCGCGGCCUGUGCGAGCCCAUCUCCAUGAUCGUGCCGCGCAAGUCCGACUGCUUCCAGGAGGACCUGUACCCCGACACGGCGGCGCCGCAGCCGGCGGUGAGCGCGCGCGACUGGCUGGGCGGGGUCAACGCGCCGCCGCUGCUCAUCAGCAUGAAGACCGGUGUGACCAUAUCGACUCACAAGCCGCGUACGAACAAGGACGCGCCGGCGCUGCAACCUCAGGACGCCAACAACCGGAAGAAGUUCGCGUUCCUCUCCCGAGAGACCACGCCCGACUACCGCCCGCUGGCCACCUGGCAGGAAAACCAUGACAACGAAACGCCUCAGGUACAAGUAACGGAAAAAUGUCAGAAGACAAACGCAAAUCAGAACACGAAGUUCCAUCAGCUACAACGAAUGUUCGGCAAGCAGACGGGCGAGACGGAGCCCGUGCCACUUUACAAGCAGAUCAACCAGGGAGAUGUCUUCAACACUGAGAAUGAGUUACGUCUCGCUUUCAACCGACAAGGCGAAGAAUUGAGAAUCGUAAAGCGACAGCUGCAGAACAGUCAGCAGAGGGUGAGAGAAUUGGAGCAACACAUCGCGUCUCUCCAAUCGCGGCUACAACAAGAAACCUAAGCUUAACAUUACACUGCCUACGACGCCUUUCAGAUUGAUCUUGCAAAUGUUUAUAUAUCAAACUGGAUCUUAAUAUUUAGUUGAUUGUGAUUAAUGUUUUACUCAAAAAGUGACAUAAAUUUAAAUUUUAAUGAAACAAUAUUAUAUUUUUUAUAUAUUGUGCAUUUGAUUUUUGGGCACAACUUGAUUCAUGAUAUAAUAGUCACCUACUUUAUAGAAAAUUGGCUUUUUUAUGUUAGAUAAUAUAACUGAAUUUACAGUUAUGCUAAAGCUAUUGCAUUGUGAAACAUUACUAUGAAAUAGUCUUAAAAGCUGUGUGCUUAACUUUGUCCGGCGGAAUGUGUCCCGUAGCAAUCUUUGUGGACUUCACUUGUACUUUUUGUAGUGCCAACCAGAAGUCGAAGCUUGUCGAAGAAGACAAUGCUUGAUGUAUACUUUAAGUAUAGUUGGUUCUGUAUUGGGCAAUACAGCAAUGAUACCUUUAUAUUUAGUGAUAUUUUCGAUACUAGAUGUAUCCUCCACUAUUAUUUUUAAAAUGUGACUUAUUGAACUAUAUAAGACUCGUACACAAGAUGAUGACCAAAAUAUUAUUAUUAUUUCAUUCUUCGUGUACUUGUGAUAAUAUUGCUCCGUGUAAAAAAACAUUGGGCAUAUAAAAUAGGUUGUUUUUUUCUAUGUCAAUGUCUUAAGUGAUUCUUCGUGACUUAUUAACUAUGUAACGUGUAUUUCAAUAUAGUCGUUGAUACAAAAUUACUCGUAUUUGUGUAAACGCAACAACUUGUCGGAAUAAAAUUCGUUGACAUGCGAUAGCCCAGUGGGAACAAAAUUAUCAUUCCAUAAUAGUAUUUUUACAUUUGUAUGUUAUAUACUUAUAUGGCCUAAUGUUUUAUUAUAAUAAAAAUAUUAUUACAAGGCUAUAGUUAUUAAAAAUUCGGACAUGACAGUUGUGAUGAUUUCUUUAUAAAAAAAUAAUGUAUUAUUUGGCGUAAUCGCUCCCUUGCUUUCAACUAUAAUUGCGAAAAUAAAAAAAGUCUCUUUGCUCGACACUGUUAUUAUAAAUUUAGUAAAAUUGUUUGUAUUUACAUCUUAUAUAGAAAAUUAAAAUUAUCUUUUAUUAUCUGAUAGGUAGCAUAUGAUAUUUUUGUCAUCUAUGCUAUGAAUUCUGUGAUUGUUCUCCGAUUUUAAGAAAUCCGCCUCUUGUUCUGUUUUCUGUUCGUGUCGUCGUAUAUAAUGCUUAUGUUGAAGAAUUUUAUGUACGCCCGAGCAAAGUAAAUAAAUAAAAUUUUCGAAAGCAAGCGAGCAGAUCAACGAAACAAAAUAUCAUUUAAACACUAUAAUUAGCUUCACUUGUGCAAUGAAUGUACGGUUAUUACGAAAUCUUUUUUUAAAUGUAAUUAAUUCAAUACUGCUUAGAGCACUAUUUUAAAAAGCACAUGAUUAAAGUUUAUUCCCAGUUUUAUUAUUAAGUUGAUUUGUUAGUAAUUAAUUUAGUCUGAUUUACAAUUAUUGUUACCUGUUAAUUUUAAAUGUUUGUUUCUUUUUAUGUGACAAUUUUGUAUGUGUUUGAUUAAAAUGUAAUAUUAGGUAUAUUCAAUGUUCUGAAUUUCUUGUCUACAGAUGUACAACACAGGAAAUGUCUAUAAAUUAGGUUUUGGUGUUUGAAUGUAAAUGUAGUCACUGGUUGAUAAUUUUUUUUUAACUUACAUACAAGCAUUUAAAAUAUCAUAUGGUAGCUUUUGUUUUUGUCUAAAGUUAGAACGAAGCUAGUAUUUUUUUUAUAUUGUAAUACUUUCUAAACAUUGUAUAUCAAGUAUUUCUACUUGUAAUUUGCAUAAAAAUGUACUGCCAAGAACAGUUUAAAAAUAAAGUGUACAAAAAAUGUUACCUGAAAUUUUUGUACAUAUUAUAUUGAGAUGAAAUGGUUUAGUUAUCUUAAACGUGAAUUUUUAGAGUAGGUGCUACAUCCUGGAACAGCUUUCUGCUUAAUUGAGAUAUAAGAUUGCUUAAAAUAUAAAUCAACGUAAUUGUAGUAAGCUAGCUUUUAUAAGAAUCAAUGUCUUUAACAAAAUGUAUGGCUUCUAAUUAAAAAUGAUAUAUGAAAGAAUAGAUUAGUAUUCAAUUUUCAUCAAAAAUAAACUAUAUGUAUUUUGAGACAGUAAGCUCUACUAAUACUAAAUAUGUAGUCUAUCAAAAUCGUAAAGGCAAUUGUUCAAGUUAAAAUUUUAUUAAAAUUAUAUUUGCAAAAUAAGGGAAGUAUUUUCAUACUGUAGUUUAUUACAUUCCACUUAAAGCAUCGAUAUUAGGUAAGUGAAAUGAAUCAAAAAGUAUUAUUUCAUAUAAGCUAAAUUAGUUAUUUAG